CGCGGGCCUGGAGCACCGCCGGGUCUAAUAUGCCCGGAGCAGAGGCGCGAUGAAGGAGAAGUCCAAGAAUGCGGCCAAGACCAGGAGGGAGAAGGAAAAUGGCGAGUUUUACGAGCUGGCCAAGUUGCUCCCGCUACCAUCGGCCAUCACCUCGCAGUUGGACAAGGCGUCCAUCAUCCGACUCACCACGAGCUACCUGAAGAUGCGCGCCGUCUUUCCCGAAGGUUUAGGAGACGCGUGGGGACAGCCCAGCCGCCCGGGGCCCCUGGACAGUGUCGCCAAGGAGCUGGGAUCGCACUUGCUGCAGACUUUGGAUGGAUUUGUUUUUGUGGUAGCGUCUGAUGGCAAAAUCAUGUAUAUUUCGGAAACAGCUUCUGUACAUUUAGGCUUGUCCCAGGUGGAGCUCACGGGCAACAGCAUUUAUGAGUAUAUCCAUCCUUCGGACCAUGAUGAGAUGACAGCUGUCCUGGCAGCCCACCAGCCUCUUCACCAUCACUUGCUCCAAGAGUAUGAGAUCGAGAGGUCAUUCUUUCUUCGAAUGAAGUGUGUCUUGGCGAAAAGAAACGCUGGCUUGACAUGCAGUGGAUACAAGGUCAUCCAUUGCAGCGGCUACUUGAAGAUCAGGCAGUAUAUGCUGGACAUGUCCCUGUACGACUCGUGCUACCAGAUCGUGGGGCUGGUGGCUGUGGGCCAGUCGCUGCCGCCCAGCGCCAUCACUGAGAUCAAGCUGCACAGCAACAUGUUCAUGUUCAGGGCCAGCCUCGACCUGAAGCUGAUAUUCUUGGAUUCCAGGGUGACGGAGCUGACCGGGUACGAGCCGCAGGACCUGAUCGAGAAGACCCUGUACCAUCACGUGCACGGCUGUGACGUCUUCCACCUCCGCUACGCGCACCACCUCCUGCUGGUGAAGGGCCAGGUCACCACCAAGUACUACCGGCUGCUGUCCAAGCUGGGCGGCUGGGUGUGGGUGCAGAGCUACGCCACCGUCGUGCACAACAGCCGCUCGUCCAGGCCGCACUGCAUCGUGAGUGUCAAUUAUGUCCUCACGGACAUCGAGUACAAGGAACUGCAGCUGUCCCUGGACCAGGUGUCCACGUCCAAGUCCCAGGACUCCUGGAGGACCACCUUGCCUACCUCACAAGAAACUAGGAAGUUAGCUAAGCCCAAAAACACGAAGAUGAAGACGAAGCUGAGAGCAAACCCUUACCCCACACAGCAGUACGGCUCCUUCCAAAUGGACAAACUGGAGUGCAGCCAGCUCGGAAGCUGGAGGGCCAGCCCCCCUGCCCACGGCCCGGCUCCCCCAGAACAGCAGCUCCAUUCAGAAGGCGGUGACCUUCUGUACGCCCCGUCCUACGGCCUGCCCUUCUCCUACCACUACGGACCCUUCCCUCUGGACUCUCACGUCUUCAGCAGCAAGAAGCCUGUGCUGCCGGCCAAGUUCGGGCAGCCCCAGGGACCCCCGUGCGAGGUGGCGCGCUUCCUGCUGAGCGCCCUGCCAGCCGGCAGCGAGUGCCAGUGGCGCUAUGCCAGCCCCCUAGUGCCGGGCAGCCCGUCUCCAGCUAAGAGCCUUUCCGAGCCGCCAGUGAACCCUGCUCGGCACAGCCUGAUGCCAAACUACGAAGGGCAAUGUGAAAACAAACAACUUCUAACUGGAGUCAUCUCGAUGAUAAGCACAUGCAAUCAGUUGGCUCUCUGGCCACGAGAGAGUCACAGAUUUUAGAAAACAAAAACAACAGAAACGGUAACAAAAGAUGACUGACCUUUGCCCUGCGUCUGGCGGACUGCGAUGGCUAUUAAACCCAUUUCCUGCGGCAUCUCAAACAUCAACCUGCAAACGAUGGGAAAGACUGGUGAGCCAGAACUGGGACAGGACAUGGGAGCCUACGGCUCAAGGUGGGGGACGCUGUUUGCUUCCAUUUGCGAAAGUGUUAGUAAGGAAGGGCCGUCUUCUGGGUUUCAAGGGAUACUGAGCCCAUUCCCAGCUUCUGGAGUGAGAAUGAUGGAAAAGGGAUGCAGGAAACACCAUUUAAUAAGGAAAAAAAGGUGGACUGGGGGGUGGGGCACGAGUACCUGCCCAAGCUAUCAUUCAGUUUACCCAAGAUAUUGUUAGGUUAUAUUUCUUCGGAAUAUCCUAUCAAAUUCCUCCUUCCCCCGCUGAGGUGGUGUCCCCUUCCGCGAGUGACAACUAGCAAUUCCUGACAUUUGUUUCUACUUAGGCGCGUUUCUGUCUGCA